CGCAUGCACCUGCAGAAUGAACCGCUAACAGCCUCGGACUCGAGGUCUUCAACAGCUUGACCCUAGACUAGACUCAUCACGACCCUAAACUACUACGUCGGACAUUACACUGUUGUUCCAGACAUUAUCACAUUGAGCUUCUCCUGUUAAAAUGACCGUUCCACAACCCUCACAAGAUGCACCAAACAUCGCAAUCGUUGGUGGCGGCAUCGCUGGCGUAACGCUUACCAUAGCUCUCCUCAAACAAUGUCCGCACUUUCGCAUCACCCUCUAUGAAUCUGCCUCAGCGUUCGGUGAGAUCGGAGCAGGUGUCGGCUUCCAGCCCGUGAUGGUUCGCACAAUGGCUUUGAUUGAUCCGCGUAUCGCUGUUGCGUUCAAGAAGUGCAUUCAAGGGAACGAAGAAACGGACCCUCCGAUAUGGUUCACGGUGCGAGUUGGUGAUCAGAGAAAGAAGGGUGUGGCUGUUGGAGAAGAGUUGUUUAAGAUUCUGAGUCGGAGUGGGCCAAGGGGUGGUGUGCAUCGUGCGCACUUUUUGGCUGAGUUGGUGAAGUUGAUUCCGGAUGGGAUCGCGCAGUUUCGGAAGCGGGUUGUUGAUAUUACGAAAGCCGAAGAUGGCUCAGGUGACGCGCUGCUGCAUUUUGAGGAUGGAAGCACAGCCCAGCAUACAGCGGUACUUGGAUGUGACGGCAUCAAGUCACGUGUUCGUCCGAUUGUUCUUGCCGAGUCAGAUCCAGCCCCAGCUGUGUUCUCAGGCAAGUAUGCAUAUCGCGGUCUGGUGCCGAUGGACAAGGCUAUUGAGAUUCUUGUGGGAGAUGAGCCAAAGACAGCACAGCUGCAUCUCGGGUAUCAUGGGCAUGUACUCACAUAUCCCAUUGCCAACGGCAAGAUUCUGAACGUUGUGGCAUUCUCCUCUCGAUCAACUUGGGAAGAUCCCGAAUGGGUCACGCAGACAUCUCGAGAAGAUAUGCUCAAAGACUACGAGCAUUGGGGCCCCAAAGUGCGCGCACUUAUGUCACAUAUGCAAUCACCUGAUAUCUGGGCGCUCUUCAAUCAUCCACCAACUUCGACAUACUACCGCUCCGAUCCGCUCGUAUGCCUUGUUGGCGAUGCAGCUCAUGCUUCGACUCCGCACCAAGGCGCUGGUGCAGGCAUGUGUGUCGAAGACGCGUACAUUCUGAGCCAAGUACUCUCAACGUGCCACUCGAAAGAGGAUCUCGGCAUUGCAUUCAACGCCUAUGAUGCUGUGAGAAGACCCAGAAGUCAGAAACUGGUGAAGACGAGCAGAGAAGCGGGUAUGCUUUGGGAUUUCGAAAGUGAGGGUGUGGGCGAUGACUUAGAGGCUCUCGAGAGGAAUGCGACGACGAGGAUGGGUUGGAUUUGGGACCACGACAUCGGCGUAGACCUGGCAAAGGCAGAGGAGAUCGUGACCAGAAAUAGAUAGAAGCGGAAAUAUCGGUACCACUUUUUAUUGGAG